UUAAAAAUAAAAAAUAAACCUAUAAUAUAUAUGUACAUAUUUACAUAUAACAUUUGCAUGCAUACAUGCCUGUGUUGUUUGUUUAUUGAAAAAUUUAAAAAUGCAAGUUUUAUGGAUUGAUCAUCAUUCAUAUUCUGAAGAUGGCAUUUUACAACAGAAACAUAAUUCUUUUAUUCCCGAAACAGAUUCCAAAAGUUAUAGUUUACUUCAAAAACAUAAUUAUUCAUCAAUUUCGAAUAUUAAUUUUAAUGAAAAUAUGGCAAAACUAGGAGGUGCUGCUUACUAUGGAUAUACAAAUAUUUCAGUUAAUCAUGUUUUUGAAUUAAGUCCCCUUUUACCAUUUGGUAUGUUACUUAUUAUAUCACUUGUUAUAUGUGUUUUAAUUUUAUUUCGGAGAUGGCCUGGUAUUGUUGCUGGUAUUAUUGCUGGAUGUUUAACAAGUUUAUCAAUUUAUUUAAUGUUAGUUACUUUAAGAAAUCCUAAAUUACUUUACGAAUAGUAUAGAACUGAGUUUACGUUAAAUACUAAGAGAAAAAUUUUAAUUAACAAAAAAAAUUAAGAUAAGUUAUGUUUUAAGGUUUUAAUAAAAUAAAAAAAUAUUUUUCAAAG